GUCUGAGGGGAUAAAUUGCAAUCACCCAAGUGUCCUCGGCUUUGCAAGGUAAUGGAAUCUGAUCAGGUCUGUGAAGUUCAUGGCGGGUACUACGCACAUUAAUCAGCAUGGAGUUAGGGGAGAGACGAAAGUUCAAAAUGCUCAUCACAAGAUUUUGGAGAGUGUUUUGGGUGGAUUCAUCAAGCAAGACAUUCAGGAAAGCAAAGAACUUCUUAGGUAUUGCGACAGUGAAGCCCGUCAGGAGCUGCAGACACAUCAGAGGGGCUCUGUCUCUGUGUUUUUCUUCUGGUUGAUGUGCAUUUUCAAGAGGACUCAUCUGCCUGACUUUCCUGGUCAAUUUGCAAAGCAACAUAUUCAAGAAAACGAGGAAAUGGCAACUCUUAGGUUUUCAGACAGAUCAUGGCUGGUGAAGCUCUUAAGCUAUAUGCAUGAAAUCCGGGUGUUCUUUGCUGCUGGUUGGCCCGUAUUUGCAGAACUCAUUAGUGUAUGGGAGAUAUCUGUGUUUGAGCUCAUUGAUACGGCUCCAUUUUCAUUAAUGCCGGUAAGGAGCCAAUUUACAGCAUUGAUAUAAAUCCAGGAUUCCUAAUUCUGCCUCCUUUGCUCAGUAGUUGCGAAUCAAUGAAAAGUAGACUCUUUUCUGUUUA